AUGGAAGUGGCGGCUUUGCUCCGUGUCCUCAUCCUGCUGUCCUUGGCCUGGCUGGUGCAUGGCUCCUGGGACAGCUGUGGAUGGACCUGCGGCACCCGUCCAAUGGCUGAUUAUUACAGGAUGUCACACAUCGUUGGAGGCGUGAAUGCACACCUGGGUGCCUGGCCAUGGAUGGUCAGCAUCCAGUUCCCCACGGCCACCGGCUUUGCACACAUCUGCGGGGGUUCCCUCAGCACCCCCCAGUGGGUCCUCAGGGCCGCUCACUGCUUUGUCGGGCAAAACUUCACCACGGAUUGGUUUGUGUUGGUCGGAAUCACUGACCUGUCUCAGGCCACUUCCGAGAUGCAGAAGCAUUGGAUGCGGAAGGUCAUCGUCCACGAGCAUUACACCAACAUCUCCAGCGGCUUCGACAUCGCCUUGGUGGAGCUGGACCAGCAAGUGCGGUGCGGGCACCACGUGCAGCUCGCCUGCAUGCCCGAUGUGAUGCUCAGGGUAUCCCAGCUCUCCGAGUGCUUCAUCAGCGGAUGGGGUGUGAGGGAGGCCAGAACGGGGGCAUCGUCCCCAUCAUCCCUGCAGGAGGCCAAGGUCCGCCUCAUCAAUGUCAGCCUCUGCAACAGCAGCCUAUGGUACCGAGGGGCUAUCAAGAGACACAAUCUCUGUGCGGGGUACCCGCAGGGUGGCAUCGACACUUGCCAGGGUGACAGUGGCGGUCCCCUCAUGUGCCGGGACAACUGCGCCAACUUCUUCUGGGUUGUGGGGCUGACGAGCUGGGGCCGCGGCUGCGCCACGGCCAAGCAACCGGGGGUCUACACCUCCACGCAGCACUUCCAUGACUGGAUCCUUUACCAGCUGAGGACGUUCCGCUUCGCGGGAGCCUCUGCGACACCCCCGACAUGGAGCCCCCAGCACGUCUCCCAUACUCCCAUCUCCCAUACUCCCAGCCAGGAGACGAUGCCGGCGCCCACGGCCUCAAGCAUCAGUGGCUUCUGCUCCUUUCCAGUUCGGGUGCUGGUGGAAUUCACCAGUCGGGUGCAGGAGCUGCUGCAGGCUCUAGUGGGCAAGAAGACUUGA